UAUUUAAAUGCCUAAGACAAUUAUGAUGAAUAAAUGAUGAAAGGAAAGCAAGUACAACAAAGACAGGAAUUUAUCAGAAAAGUGUUGGUCUAGCUGUCAACGUUUAUCAACUGUUAACCCCUCUACUCACUCCGCCCAGACCAGACACAAAAAACACACACAUACACACAAACAAACAUUCACCAUUUAGUACAGUUCACGAAUCUUGGAGCUGUUCUUGCUAAAGAUUCAAACUUUGUCAAACCCAGAACAAAUCUUUGAUAUAUGUCAAAACCCAUUUCAAAUUAGUGUGUUUUUAUGUAUAUAAGUGGUUUUUAAGUAGUACAAGUGAGUUGUAAUUGAGGGGUUGUGAUGGCUACUUCUACAAAGCCAUGGUUAUCACCAGCUCCAAGUUAUGAAGCUUUUGAAACAUUCUGGGAUACAGAAGAGGAUGCCCCUGGUCCUCGUUGUGCUCAUACUUUGACUGCUGUUGCUCCUACUAAAGUUCAUGGCCCUCGUCUCAUUCUGUUUGGUGGUGCUACUGCUAUCGAAGGCGGCGGAGGAGCUGGAAUCAGGUUGGCUGGUGUGACUAAUUUUGUUCAUUCUUAUGAUGUUCUGUCAAGAAAAUGGACUAGAAUUAAACCGGCCGGUGAGCCUCCUUCGCCUAGAGCUGCACAUACAGCUGCUGCUGUUGGUACCAUGGUUGUCUUUCAGGGGGGAAUUGGUCCUGCUGGUCAUUCAACAGAUGAUCUGUAUGUUCUUGACAUGUCAAAUGACCAAUUCAAAUGGCAUAGAGUUGUUGUUCAAGGAGAUGGUCCAGGUCCUCGAUACGGUCAUGUAAUGGACCUGGUUGCUCAAAGAUUUCUUGUUACUGUUAGUGGCAAUGACGGAAAAAGAGUGCUAUCAGAUGCUUGGGCUUUGGAUACCGCUCAAAAACCAUAUGCAUGGCAGAAGCUCACUCCAGAGGGCGAUAGACCUUCAGCUAGAAUGUAUGCAACAGCAAGUGCUCGCUCAGAUGGCAUGCUACUGCUUUGUGGGGGAAGAGAUAUCUCGGGAACGCCACUAGCUGAUGCUUAUGGACUGCUUUUGCAUAGAAAUGGCCAGUGGGAAUGGACUCUUGCCCCUGGCGUUUCUCCAACUUCAAGAUAUCAACAUGCAGCUGUCUUUGUUGGCGCUAGAUUGCAUGUUACCGGAGGUUCUGUUAGGGGAGGGCGGGGAGUUGAUGGUGAAGCAGCUGUUGCAGUACUCGAUACUGCUGCUGGAGUUUGGUUAGAUGGAAAUGGAUUGGUAACUCCUUCAAGCACCAACAAGGGGACAGCUGAGCACGACCCUGCUUUAGAACUCUUGCGUCGCUGUCGCCAUACUGCUGCAUCUGUUGAUACACAAGUAUAUAUUCAUGGUGGACUCAGAGGAGAUUUGGUGUUGGACGAUUUUCUCAUUGCAGAGAACUCACCAGCUCGUUCUGACAUCAAUUCCCCUGCCUCGCUUUCUGAGAGGGCCUCCACUAGAUAUUCAGAUGGCUCUGUCUCUUCUGGUGGCUUAAGCAUGGACAAAAGCUCUAUGGCAAAACUGGCCGCCGCUUCUGCUGCAGAAGCUGAGGCUGCUAAUGCUGUCUGGCAAGCGGCACAAUCUUCAUCUGGUUUUACUGAAGAAACAAAAUUCUCAAGUAACAAUACACAAGCUGCCGAGACUACUUCAGAUGGUAGUGACACUGAAGCAGAUGUUCGUCUGCACCCUAGAGCUGUGGUUGUUGCCAGAGAGACUGUAGGAAGCCUAGGUGGAAUGGUAAGGCAGUUAUCUUUGGAUCAAUUUGAGAAUGAAAGUAGGAGAAUGAUUCCAUUGCAUGACUUAUCACAUCCUACGAAGAAGUUUACACGGCAAAAAUCUCCUCAAGGUCUGCAUAAGAAGAUUAUAUCUAUAUUGCUUAGGCCUCGAAAUUGGAAACCUCCCGUUGAUAGAAGGUUUUUUCUGGAUUCUUAUGAAGUGGGUGAGCUUUGUUAUGCGGCUGAACAAAUUUUUAUGCAUGAGCCUACAGUUCUUCAACUAAAAGCACCCAUCAAACUGUUUGGCGAUCUGCAUGGACAAUUUGGGGAUUUGAUGCGGUUAUUUGAUGAAUAUGGAUAUCCUUCUACAGCAGGAGAUAUAACUUACAUUGAUUAUCUCUUUCUGGGUGAUUAUGUUGAUCGAGGACAACACAGCUUGGAGACUAUCACUCUGCUUCUUGCUUUAAAGAUCGAGUAUCCUGAGAAUGUUCACUUAAUACGGGGCAAUCAUGAAGCUGCUGAUAUAAAUGCACUCUUUGGAUUUCGUCUUGAAUGCAUCGAGAGAAUGGGAGAAAAUGAUGGAAUCUGGGCAUGGACGCGGUUCAAUCAGCUUUUUAACUAUCUUCCCCUCGCAGCCCUUAUUGAGAAGAAGAUUAUCUGUAUGCAUGGAGGCAUAGGAAGGUCAAUACAUUCAGUAGAGCAGAUAGAAAAACUAGAAAGGCCUAUUACCAUGGAUGGUGGAUCUCUUAUUCUAAUGGACUUGCUGUGGUCUGAUCCCACAGAAAAUGAUAGUGUUGAAGGUUUAAGACCAAAUGCCAGAGGGCCUGGCCUGGUCAGCUUUGGGCCUGACCGAGUUACAGAUUUUUGUAAGAGGAACAAAUUACAACUAAUAAUAAGAGCCCAUGAAUGUGUUAUGGAUGGGUUUGAAAGGUUCGCUCAAGGACAGCUAAUCACUCUUUUCUCCGCGACAAACUAUUGCGGCACUGCCAAUAAUGCGGGAGCUAUACUGGUAGUGGGAAGAGGGUUGAUGAUUGUGCCCAAAUUGAUCCAUCCCUUGCCACCUCCCAUGCAUUCUCCAGAUACAUCCCCACAAAGGGGAACAGACGACACGUGGAUGCAGGAACUAAACAUUCAAAGGCCGCCAACUCCUACCAGAGGGCGCCCACAACCUGAUCUUGAUCGCAAUUCACUUGCAUAUAUUUGAAGCUGAUCAAUGUUUAACAACAGUAUAUGAAGUUCUUGUCUCGUGGUUGAAGUCUAUUUCCUUUUUGCUGUCAACCAGAAGAAUUUUUCGCCUGCAGACUACAUAAAAUUGUGGUAGCACUUCAAAGGUCAAGUUUAAAGAAUACACAAUGUAUAUAAGUAUAGGAUUGUCAUGCCCACGAGGAACCAGCAGUUAGCUGUUGCCUGUUGGAGAUGGUGUGGUGACUGUUAAUCAUAUUGCUCUUUUAGAUUGGGUUAAUUAUGAAAUAGAUCAUUUUUUUGUCUAAUAUAUCAGGUAAGUCAUCGA